CAGAGCACCCCCUGCGUUACCUCACCUCCAUUAGCGUUGAGGGAAACCCACGUGUGUGCGACAGAGGGUUUUGGUAGAACUUAAAACUCCAUUUAUAUCUGAGCAGUCUGUCGCCAUGCCGAAGGUAAAGAGGGAUAAAGGUGGUGGACCGGACCGGGCCGGAGGUUCUGUAGCCCUGGCCGAUCAGCUGCUUCAGUCCGACACCAUCAGAACCAACAGCCGGGUCAAAAACCGGGGCAGAAAACAGGAGGAGGAGGACUAUGUGGACGAGAAGCUCUCCAGGAGGAUUCUGGAGCAGGCUCGGAUUCAGCAAGAAGAGCUGCAGACUGAGUUCGGAGUCACACCAGAGGCCAAGAAGAAACCUUCUACUGUUCUGGGUCCACAUACUCAGGAUGGAGACUCUGAUGAGGAAUGGCCAGAGCUGGGUGCCAUGGGAACAGAGGAUCAUGAGGUGGGGGCGGUUGCUGAGGUGGAGGUGGAUCCGGAUGAUGAAAAAGCCAUACAGAUGUUCAUGAACAAAAACCCACCAGUGAGGCGCACUCUAGCCGAUAUAAUCAUGGAGAAGUUAACAGAGAAGCAGACGGAGGUGGGCACUGUGAUGUCGGAGGUGUCGGGGAUGCCCAAUCCACAGCUGGACCCCAGGGUGAUUGAAGUGUACAGAGGAGUCAGUAAGGUUCUUUGUAGGUAUCGCAGUGGGAAGCUGCCCAAAGCCUUUAAAAUCAUCCCAGCGCUCUCAAACUGGGAGCAGGUGCUUUACCUCACAGAUCCGGAGAAGUGGACGGCUGCCGCCAUGUACCAGGCCACACGGAUCUUCUCCGCUAAUCUAAAAGAGCGAAUGGCCCAACGCUUCUACAACCUAGUGCUGCUGCCGCGGAUCCGGGACGACAUCGCAGAGUACAAGCGGCUGAACUUUCACCUGUACGGCUCCCUGAAGAAGGCCCUGUUUAAGCCUGGGGCGUGGUUUAAAGGAAUCCUCAUCCCGCUGUGUGAGUCGGGUACCUGCACUCUGAGAGAGGCCAUUAUAAUCGGCAGCAUCAUCACCAAGUGCUCCAUCCCCGUACUGCACUCUAGCGCUGCCAUGUUGAAACUGGCUGAGAUGGAAUACAACGGUGCCAACAGCAUCUUCCUGCGUCUGCUAAUGGAUAAGAAAUACGCGCUGCCCUUCCGCGUGCUGGACGCUCUGGUGGCCCAUUUCCUGUCGUUCCGCUCAGAGAAACGGACUCUGCCUGUUCUGUGGCACCAGAGUCUGCUAACGCUGGUGCAGCGCUACAAGGCUGAUCUUUCCUCUGAACAGAAAGGGGCACUGCUGGAGCUGCUGAAGAUUCAGAACCACUCACAGAUAUCACUGGAAAUCAGGCGAGAGCUUCAGAACGCAGAGGGCAGGGAUGCGGAGGAUGCUACGCCAGUGAUGGCCAUAGACUGAGAAUAAAAAGAAAUGGGUUUAAAAUGGACUGGUUUGUUCUGUUCACACUUUUACGAAUUUUUGAACAGAAAUAGUGCUAAGAUUACAAACAGUGAAUGGAAGGAAACAGCUUGCAGGCCUUUGGCAUUGUGUUGUUUUGCAUAUAUUUGAAAUUCUCCAAUUCUCCAAUCUCAUUCUGUAAUAAACUAUGAUUUCAGCAGUGUUUUACA